AUGUACUGGCGUCGUCUCUCCUUUUCUUGGUCUUUCUUUUUGCUUUGGUGGCUCACUAUUUUUUUUGUCACCCCCCGAGACGCCCCUCCCACCCCUGACCGUGGACCCCCUUGGGGAAAUUUCGCAGCAAUUUUGAUGAGGUUGAUACUCAGAGAGGGCACCCCCCUUGCCCUUGUCUGGCCCUGCAAGCCUUGCAUUGCCUUGCCAUUGAUUCUCGUUGAGGUUUUCCCAAAGUUUUGUUCCCUUCAACCUUUCGCCUUACCUCAUUCAUCAGGUUACCUUGACCUUUUUCAAGCAAGCCUCCAGGCUAGCCAAAUCUAUCUAUCCCAGCAAAGAACAGAACAGAACAACAGACAGAACAAGUCCCACACCCUCGUAAUAAUCGAGCCCCGUUUGUUUGACCCACACUUCAUUCGACCAUCCGACCGGCGCCACCCUGCUACUCUACCUACUACUCUGCAGCGUACCUGUGCCUUGUGCCUUGUGCCUUGUGCCUGA